CACCAAUAGCGGACGCCGUACCGCGUCCGUCGGGUUUUUCGCAUCGUUAAAUUGGUAUGGCGUUCAUUACAAACCUACCACGGGAGUACGCACCACGUCGUUUGUCCGUAUCGCCGAAUCUGCCGUUAACCGGUUAACCGCGAAUUUUUCAUUUCCGACUUGCCGAGUCUCGACAGACGACGAUACGACAUCCGGUCCCGGAAAACGGCGAACGAAGAGUAAUCCACCGUACGACAAUUCGCUACAAGACACGAGUGACGCACCAUGGGCACGUAUUUGAGCAAGCCGGUCACCGACAAGGAAUCUCACGACACCGACAACGACUGGCUGUCUUGCGGUUCUAGUUCCAUGCAAGGCUGGCGCGAGUCUCAAGAGGACGCGCACAACUGUCUGCUGGACUUUGACAAGAAAGUGGCACUUUUUGCUGUAUAUGAUGGACACGGUGGGGCUGAAGUUGCCCAGUAUGCAGCCGAAAAUUUGCCUGCCUUAGUUAAAAACACAUUGUAUGAUAACCAAGACUUUGAACAAGCUUUAAUAAAAGCAUUCAUGGAUUUUGACGACAGUCUAAUUGAGUUUCCUGUUGUUGAAAAAUUAGUUGCUCUUCGAGAAGAUGUUAGUGAAGAAUGUGCCGAUGAAGAAGAAGAAAGAGAAGAACUUAAUGAACUUUAUGAAGAAGCUAAAAUGCCAAUUGAAGAUAUAAUAUUAAAGUAUAAAAAUAAAAUAAUUGAAAAUAUGGAUAAGAAAAAAGAGAAAGAAAUGAAAGAAUUAGAAGAUGCAAAAGAAAAAGAAACAGAAGACGCAGCUAUUACUAGAAAUGAUGCCUGUGGUUCUAGCAGCAGCAGCAGCAACAUAACUGUUACAGAUGAUAAGACAAAUGUUGGUAAUGGAAUUGAUGAAUGUAAAUCAAAAGCUUCAGCAGCUGAAAGUUCAUCAAGUGCUAAAGUUAAUAGUUCGUCAAAUGAUGAUGCGGAUGAUAAAAAUAGUGAAGCUGAAUGCGGUCCUAGCAGUAGCAAUGGAUUUAAUGGCGUUGAACAACUUCCUCCAUCCUUGUGUAUAAUUAAUGAUGAUUCAGAAGAUGACACAGACGUUGAUGAUGAUGAUGAUGAUUAUGAUGAUGGUGACGUUGCUAUUGAUCCAGAAUUACUUCGUGAAAAAUAUAAUCUUGAAUCAGAUUCAGACAGUGAUGUAGAAGAAGAAGAUGAAGAAGAAGAAGAAGAAGACGAACUCUCAAUGGAUAGAUUCAGCGAAGACGAGGAUAAGCCAGGAAAGGAUAGUGGUUGUACAGCAGUAAUGGCUCUAUUAGUAAACAAUAAACUUUAUGUUGCUAAUGCUGGAGAUUCAAGAUGUGUUGUUUCUGUUGGGGGUAAAGCUCAUGAUAUGUCAAAAGAUCACAAACCUGAAGAUGAACCAGAAUUAAAAAGGAUUAAUAAAGCUGGUGGCAGAGUUUCAAGUGAUGGAAGGGUGAAUGGAGGUUUAAAUCUGUCUAGAGCUUUAGGUGAUCAUAAUUAUAAAAAAAAUAAAGAUCUUCCAAAUACUGAACAAAUGAUAACAGCUCUACCUGAUGUGACUGUCUUGGACAUAACACCGGAUGAUAAUAAUUUUAUAGUGUUAGCUUGUGAUGGUAUCUGGAAUUCAUUAAGCAGCCAGGAAGUUGUUGAUUUUAUUUCGGAACGUAUUAACAAACCAGAUACAAAAUUAUCAUCAAUUUGUGAAGAAUUGUUUGAACAAUGUUUGGCACCCAAUACAUUAAGUGAUGGUACUGGCUGUGACAAUAUGACAUGUAUCAUUGUCAAGUUAAAACAAAAACAAAAGCGUUCUCGUUCAGAUGAGGAGGAUAAUUCAGAAGGUGGCGAGUAUAAAAAACAAAAAUCAGAAGAUUCAAUUGAAUCUGAAUCUGUACAUUAAUGUUCCUCCUGGUAUUGAAGAUUUGGUUUGACGAGCUGUUUGUAUUUGUUUCUGAAUUUUACAGACACAUGCGACUGAUUUAUGGAUUAAUUUAUUUUCUUAAAUUUUAACAAGAAAACAACAUUAUCUUAUAAUUUAUGUAAUAAUAUUAUUGUAGUGUAGUUUUAUUAUAUUUUUCAUAAUUAAAAUUUCAUAUGAUAAUAAAGUUAUUUUAUUAUUUUAA